AUGCCGCAUUCUCUUCUUUUGCAGUUACUUUUGGUAACUUUUGUCUCUUGCCUAAGGUUCAACGAUGCAUUUGUUGGGUACAACCUUAAUGAGAAUCAAGCAGCUGUAGACCCCCUCGACUACUCGGGUGAAUGGAAAGACCAUAAAUUUCAUCCCUCACCAACAAACUGGCGAUUUCCAUUCUACACUCUGUUCCUGGAUAGAUUUGUCAAUGGCGACCCGACCAACGAUGACAUAAAUGGGACAGUGUACGAGAAGGAUCCACAAAGCAACCAGUUGAGGCAUGGAGGUGAUCUGAUGGGAUUGAUAGAUAGCUUGGAUUACAUUCAGGGACUUGGUAUCAAGGGCAUCUAUAUCGCCGGUUCUCCUUUCGUCAACAAUCCAUGGAAAGCAGACUCAUACUCGCCGCUGGACUUGACGCUCCUUGACAAACACUUUGGAGAUAUUAUGGCAUGGCGAGCAGCAGUGAACGCGAUUCACGAGCGGGGGAUGUAUGUGAUAUUAGAUCACACAAUGGCAACAAUGGGAGAUCUUCUCGGCUUUGAGGGCUUUCUCAACAAAACCGCGCCUUUCCAACCAGACGAACACAAAGUACAGUGGAAAUCAGACCGCCGUUAUCAUGACUUCUCGUUUGGAAAUAACUAUAAGGAUAAAUGCGCAUAUCCAAGGUUUUGGAAUGAAUCUGGGCUUCCAGUCCUGAAGGAUUCCGAUGCGACGUUCAGUAGACUCGUCGGAUGCUACGACAGCGAGUUCGAUCAGUACGGUGAUACCGAAGCCUUCGGCGUGUUUCCUGACUGGCAGCGCCAACUGUCCAAGUUUGCCUCAGUCCAAGACCGCUUGCGAGAAUGGGUUCCUUCAGUUCGAGAAAAGAUCCAACACUUCUCGUGCAUAACUAUUUCAAUGUUAGAUAUCGAUGGCUUCCGGUUCGACAAGGCUACGCAGAUCACUGUCGACGCUCAAGCUGAGUUUGGUAAUUACAUCCGACAGUGCGCGCGAAAGUAUGGGAAGACCAACUUCUUCAUGCCAGGGGAGAUUACGGGGGGAAACAACUUCGCUUCCAUUUACCUUGGACGCGGAAGACAACCUGAUCAGACCCCGCACAAUAUUACGCAAGCUGUCACCCUUACCAAUAAUUCGGAUGAUAAAUACUUCUUGCGAGAAGUCGGAAAACAGGCAUUAGAUGCAGCAGCUUUUCAUUACAGUAUCUACCGAUCGCUCACCCGGUUUCUUGGAUUAGACGGCAAUUUAGCUGCAGGCUACGAUGUUCCCGUCAACUUUGUUGAUGCUUGGAAUACAAUACUCACCACGAACGAUCUUGUCAAUGCCGAAACCGGAGAGUUUGAUCCACGGCACAUGUAUGGAGUCACGAACCAAGAUGUUUUCCGCUGGCCUGCCAUCGACCAAGGUACUGAAAGGAUGUUGCUUGGUCUUUUCGUCACAACAAUUCAUAUCCCUGGCAUCCCAAAACUACUUUGGGGUGAAGAGCAAGCGUUCUAUGUCCAUGAUAGCACUGCCGCGAAUUAUAUUUUUGGAAGACAGCCAAUUUCAUCCGCGUUGGGCUGGCAAAAUCACGGUUGCUAUCGCCUCGGCAGCUCGCAGUACCACAAUCUGCCAGUCAAAGCUGGGCUUAAUGGCUGCCAUGACGAUACCGUUAGCCAGGAUCAUCGUGAUCCUUCUCACCCGGUUCACAACAUCAUCAAGAAUAUGUACCACCGUCGUACCCAGUAUCCCAUCCUCAACGAUGGGUACUUUCUACAGUCGCUCUCCAAUCAGACCCGUGUAGUGCAACUACCAGGUUCGAACGGAACGGCAUCAGAAUUUGGAAUGUGGAGUGUUAUGAGAGAUCAGUAUCCGGGUGUCCAAAAUUUGACCAAAGGAGAAAACCAUACGCAGGUCUGGCUCGUCUACUCCAACGAAGAUCACAAUGUCAACUACAAAUUUGAUUGUGAGUCCAAGGAAAGAGCGGUCCUUUCGCCAUUCGAGGCUGGAACCUUCGUCAAAAACCUCUUCGCUCCAUACGACGAGAUUGAGCUCAAGAACAGCUCCACCGCUCUGGGGAUCGAUGGCUCCCAAGAGUUCAAUGGAUGCAUUGACGAGCUUGACAUGAAGGCAUAUGACUUCCGGGCGUAUGUACCAAAGGCCAACUGGUUAGAUCCAAUGCCUGUCAUCACGAAAUUUUUGCCUGGCCAUGACGCUCAGAUUGAGUCUAAGAAGUCAUCGAAAGAAAAGGAUUCACUCGAGAUUGAGAUUCAAUUCUCCGAAGCGAUGGAUUGCGAUCCAAUCAUAGAUAACCUCGUCCUUACUUCUGAUACUGAGAACGAAUUUUUUGCAACAGUGGACAGAGACUCAAUCAGCUGCACCGAAAUUUCUUCCGCAGAAUCUACUCUUGUUGGGGGUUUAGUCUCGAAAUGGAGCUGGAAAGCCAUUCUGAACGACAUCUCGCAUGGUGUUCACACUGUCACUAUCAAAAACGCCACAACUAAGGACGGAGAACGUUUUACGAACGCGAAUGAUAAAUUCAUCAUCCGUAUAGGAGCCAAGAACAAUCCAAUAGUUUUUCCACGGCUCGCAAACUAUACUACGGACACACUCAAGCAGGACUCAAAAGGAUUGCAUUUGUCACACGUCGCCCCAGGCGCCAACAAAUGGAGAUACUCCACGAAUUGGGCAUCAAAUUGGAGCGAGUGGCAAGACUACAAAGGAGGAGACAGUGAUCUGUUGAGACAACCUUGGUCGGGUACUAAACGUCAAAAGUGGAAGGGCGAGCAUGUUAUUCUACAAUACUGGAGCCGUGUGACCGGAAGCAGCGAUCACAUCCAGCACGCCGAUGCAAAUUAUGACGGUCAUCCAAGACGGUUCCCACAUCUCUUUGCCCAUGGGCCCUACAACCAAUUUGGAUUCGAUAGUGGUAUAAAAAGCGCAUUCGACUUGGCCAACGAUGGGAAGUGGAAAUUGCAUAUCAUGACCGAAUGGCCUUCGGUCGCCCAAGUCAACGUUUGGGGUAUGAAUCCAGACGGCAAACCUGACGCAGGAUUCGUGUUUGGCGAUGUUGACAAGGAUGGUAUCAUGGACCGGCUACCUCCGGACUCUCUUGCGAAAAAUGUGCUGAACAUGUCUACUCUGCCACCUCGGCCGUACCUGGCUUACCGCAUUGAGGUCGACGAUACUACUAUGGCCUAUAAGCUCGUCUACAUGGGCAACCGGUUCGUACAACUGAUCCUCUUUACACUUCUCUGGUCUCUUCCAGUAGCGACCGCUGCAAUCAGUAUAUGGAUCUACAAGGGUGCCUUCUACGGUGUCAAGUUCAAUAAGACAGGUGUGAGCACGCAGAGUCUCGCUAUUUUCGCGUCUUUGGCAUUUUGGCGCCGUGGCCACAAAUUCGAAAAUGUUCAAUCCGAGGAGGUUGUGGAAUCGAAACGGCCUAAUUCGCGCCUUGGUUUUCCGCGAUCGCGAGAUCCGUCUCCCAUGAUCACAGCGUCUAUCAGUAACAUCGGAGGGAGGAAGAAAAGGCCGAUGAUCCUCAUCGCAACUAUGGAAUACGAUAUCGAAGAUUGGGCGAUCAAGAUCAAAAUUGGUGGAUUAGGCGUUAUGGCACAGCUUAUGGGGAAAAAUUUGCCUCACCAGGACUUGAUAUGGGUCGUUCCAUGUGUCGGUGGGGUGGACUACCCUAUUGAUACACCCGCGGAUCCUAUGCUGGUAACUAUUCUCGAUACUGAAUACGAGAUCCAGGUUCAAUAUCACAAACUCAACAACAUCACAUACGUCUUACUAGAUGCUCCAAUCUUCAGACAACAAUCUAAGACCGAGCCUUACCCACCCCGCAUGGACGAUCUCGAUUCGGCUGUGUACUAUAGCGCUUGGAAUGCCUGUAUCGCCCAAACUAUCCAGAGAUUUCCCAUCGACUUGUAUCAUAUCAACGAUUAUCAUGGCGCUGCGGCGCCUUUGUACCUGCUCUCCAAAGGACAGACGAUACCUUGUGCGCUGUCUCUUCACAACGCAGAGUUCCAAGGGUUAUGGCCGAUGCGCACGCCCAAGGAACGCGAUGAAGUCUGCCGCGUUUAUAAUCUCGAGCCUUCUAUUGUGGAAAAGUACGUCCAGUUCGGGGAGGUCUUCAAUCUUUUGCACGCUGGUGCGAGCUAUCUCCGAAUCCAUCAACGUGGGUUUGGCGCUGUCGGUGUUUCCAACAAAUAUGGCAAACGAUCUUACGCUCGCUAUCCUAUUUUCUGGGGUUUGAAGGAAGUUGGCAGACUACCAAACCCGGAUCCCAGCGACACCGCUCCUCUGGAACCAGAGCAGGAGAAUGAGGUGAUCACUGUCGACCCAGCCUACGAAAUGAGCCGUGGGGGUCUUCGAAUACAGGCUCAACAGUGGGCCGGUCUAGAGCAGGACCCUAACGCUGAGCUGUUUGUCUUUGUUGGCCGAUGGAGUAAUCAAAAGGGCGUCGAUCUUAUCGCUGAUGUCUUCCCCGCUAUCCUCGAAAAGCAUCCCAGUGUUCAGCUCAUCUGUAUAGGCCCCGUGAUUGACCUCUACGGGAAAUUCGCGGCGCUCAAGCUUGGAAAAAUGAUGGAAAGAUAUCCCAAGCGCGUAUUUUCCAAGCCAGAAUUCACAGCACUUCCCCCGUUUAUCUUUACGGGGGCGGAGUUUGCUCUAAUUCCAUCUCGCGAUGAGCCAUUCGGCCUAGUCGCUGUUGAGUUUGGUAGGAAAGGAGCUCUUGGUGUGGGAGCUCGUGUUGGCGGCCUUGGUCAGAUGCCCGGAUGGUGGUUCACGGUUGAGUCAACAACUACUAAACACAUGCUACACCAGUUCAAGUCGGCUAUCGAAGAAGCACUGACAUCUGAAACUGAGACAAGGGCAGUCAUGAGGGCAAGGUCCGCGAAACAACGCUUUCCGGUCGCGAAGUGGGUAGAAGACCUUAACACCCUCCAGCAGACCGCGAUCAGGAUUCACAACGAAAAGAAGGGUUCCUCUUCCAAGAAUAUCUUCCGACCGCGAUCACACGCUUUGGCUUCACGAUCCUCGCUGCAAUUGCCCGGUGAGGGCUUCUUUCAUGUCCAUUCCCGAGAAGUCAGCAUGGACAGAUUAUCUGCGUUUGAGGAGAGACCUGCUGGGGACGACGCCGAAACCCAAGAAUCUGAUGAUCACCACACAAAGCUUCGCCGUGGUCUCUCUCUCGGUAUUCGCUCUGGUCCUGGACAUGGGCAGCGGACGGGGUUCACAACAGAACCGCUCAUACACGUUCAGAAGCAGUGCUCGCCUUCUAGGACACCAGUGAUUCAUGAAUACGAUCCAGAGGGUGCAACAACUUCAGGUCAAGGGUCUUUACACGAUCACGAGAUGUUCAUCAGUCGAGAGCAAGCAGAGGCUGACUAUAUGGAGUCUGAGCGGCGGCUCGCCAGUGUAGCUCUCGAGGGCAGCAUUGCGGAAGCUUUCGACCGGAAUUCAACGCCUGCCGACAUCUUUCCCGAGAGUGAUAGGGGCCGUCGUAGAUCUCGCAGCCCGCUCCCUGCUGAGGCCGACGGGAUGUUGACGAGUCCGCGUUCCUCGAUCAGUUUUCUCGAUCCGAGUAGCCUCCCAAUGCGCGUGAAGUCGUCGCAUCACAGGCGAAACCGGUCCUCUGCUCUCGACCUGAGCACUAUCAAGAACGCUAGUACCACCGACUUCAGCUUGGAAAAAGUGGAUCCUACGUUCGAGGACAAAACAGGCAUGUACUAUUCCAAGUUCGAGUCUAUGCUCAAUACCCUGAGUGGCAAGACAUCGGAAGAUGAGCUUUGUGUUGAGAAGUUUCUGGUCGAGAGUGAAAAAGCGUGGUUCAAGAGAAUGCGUGCCGAAAGACUUGGACGGGGGGAUCGUGCCCAUUCCCAGGACAGUCGAUUGGGCCUCGGUCCCAGCCCUGCCUGGCCGCGCGACAGCCUGCACAGCAAUCGUAGCCGGGAUUCCAGUAUCUCUGCAUAUCCACAUACACGAGAGAGCGAAAGCGACGAGACUUUUCCUCGGCCAUCGGCUGAGAUUGACGAAUUUCUUCUUGGUGCGAACUAUCACCGCCCGUCACUCCUCAAGCGAUGGAUGCAGACUCGAAUUGGUGACUGGCCCAUAUAUUCUAUUCUCCUCGCACUCGGACAGAUUAUGGCGGCCAACUCGUAUCAGAUUACCCUUCUUACUGGGCCACAGGGCCAAAAUCCGGAAAAGCUGUAUAUCGUUGGUGUCAUCUUCAUCGUCAUGUCCAGUGUCUGGUGGAUCAUGUUCCGUACCCUACCUUCAAAGUUUGUUCUUUCCGCACCCUUCGUAGUCUAUGGAGUUGCUUUCUUAUUUGUGGGUGUCGCACCGUUCGCGAAGUUUGGGGUUGCGAGGGACUGGAUACAGAAUGUUGCUACCGGUUUUUACGUGGCUGCUUCUGCUAGUGGCUCGAUAUUCUUCGCGCUUAACUUCGGCGAUGAGGGUGGUGCUCCUAUCGAAUCCUGGAUCUUCCGAGCUUGCAUGAUUCAAGGAACCCAGCAACUAUACAUCACCGCGCUCUUCUACUGGGGAAGCACACUCGCAAAUUCGUCCCCGAGCAAUUUGCUCACUUCCUCACCAAAGGCCGCUAUGAUCACGCUUCCAAUUGCCUGCUUCUUGUUUGCGAUCGGAUCACUUCUAGUCACGUCUCUGCCGUCCUAUUAUCAUCAGUCUCCAGGCAAGAUACCAUCGUUCUACACGACACUUCUUCGAAGGAAGCUAGUCGGCUGGUUUUUCGUCAUGAUAGUCAUGCAAAACUACUUCCUGAGUACGCCGUAUGGACGUAGUUGGGCCUACCUCUGGUCCUCUCACGCAGCACCACAGUGGGCUGUUGGACUCCUUGUCCUAGCUUUUUUCGUCGUAUUUUGGGCGAUGUUUCUUUUCUUCUUCGCGAAGUUGAGUGGUAGUCAUUCUUGGUUCUUGCCUAUCUUCGCCAUCGGGCUGGGUGCGCCAAGGUGGGCUCAAAUGCUUUGGGGCGUAUCAGGCAUCGGAAAUUGGGUUCCCUGGAUGCCCGGUGGUCCUAUCGCCGGUGCUCUCGCUGGUCGCAGUCUCUGGCUCUGGCUUGGUCUUCUUGAUGCGCUGCAGGGAGUCGGAUUUGGUAUGAUACUCCUCCAGACACUGACUAGGAUCCAUAUCGCAGUGUGCCUAGUACUGGCACAAAUUCUUGGCACUAUCGUCACAAUGAUUGCCAAAGCCACCUCCCCCGACGCAAAUGGGCCCGGAGACGUUUUCCCAGAUUUUUCGGCAGGAGUAAUGCAAGGGUUGAAGAAACCAUGGUUCUGGAUAGCAUUGGCAGCGCAGCUGGUCAUUCCAUUAGGUUUCUUUAAGUUCUUCAGGAAGGAGCAGUUGAGUAAGCCAUAG